GUCGAAUAAAUUAAGGAACUACACCACUUUCUUAACUAUCUUUCUCUUGCCUUAACAAAGCGAGCAUAUCUCAUUAGUUUAACGUUAUAAUGCCAAAUACUUAUCAUAACAUAAAGAGGAAAACGUGACGGUGCUACCUUUUCAACCGACAUUCGCGCGUCUCUCUGCUCUUCUGUUAUGGGACUUUGCCAAAGAAAACGUGUGUUUUGUGAUUAUGAAUGUUCAGUUCUUUGUCAGUCAUUCUGUAAUUAGAAAACCAAAAGCAAGCUAUGACUGCUAUCUACUGUAAAUGUUCCUCUGGUCACACUUAAAUGACCAUGCCGAACCGAACAACGUCCCUGCCGCUCACAGCGACUCUGCUGGCGGCGCUGUGGCUGAGUUUGGGUCGGUGCGGUGUCUCCGGACCUCCAGGAUGUGACAAUGGAAAGCUGUCUUUGGGAAUGGACCUGCCUGGGGAUGCUGUGUAUUGGGAUUGUCCAGCAACUAUUUGGCCAGAGUCUCCGCAGAGACUUCCCAGUAUUGACAGAGUGUAUAAUCCUGAGCCAGCCAUGGAGAUCUGCAUAGAUAAACCUAUUUCCUACAACCAUACCUUUCCCAACAGUGGAGCGUACAGACCAGUAAGGGCAGAGAGCGGAGAGUACUUGUACUGUCCUCCUCAACGUUGGCUCAAUAACUUGCACCAUGGAGCCACUGUUUUGCUCUAUCACCCCUGUUCUCCUCUCCGCGAGCGUUUACUUCUGUCUGUCCUGGCCCGCUCCUGUCUGCCAGACUACAUCAUGACCUCACAUCCACAGCUCAAUAAACACAGGCCAAUAGCCUUGGUGUCAUGGGGUCACACUUUGGAGCUGUCCACAGCGGCCUCUUACGACAUCUGUGAUUGGCUGGAGACCACAGCAACCACAAGAAAUACGUUUGGUGGUGUGAGCCAGAGCAGGAAGUACAACCUGCUGUUAACCCGGUCAGCCGAGCAGCACCGACAGCAGCAUGCAGGGGAACACUCUGCAAAAAUGAUGAAGGAGUCUCUGAAGCAAUGCUGUGAGCAGACCAUCUCUUCUCAGCUGAGGGGAGCGAUGGAGACACAGCUAGAAUCCAGCAUGAAGAAGGAGGGCUUAAAGCUAAGUAAAGAGGAAGGAAAAAGCAGGCAGAUGAGAGCCAUUAAAGAAAAACAGGGCGAUGUUGAAGAUGAAAACAAGAGAGGAAAUGCAACACAAUACAAUACCAACAGAACCUCCAUCAGCAGGACAGGAGACAUCCACAACUACAACAACACUCUUGGACCUUCAACAGGAAACACUGAAGCUUCUUCUCAGUCUGAGAUCCAAAAUACAAACCAUGGCCUCACACCCAGCCCUUUUGUGGGAUCAAAUAUGUCUAAGACUAGACUUAGAAGUGAUUCGUUAGGACUCAUGGCUCCUGAGUCUCAGAAAAGCAGUCUGACUCUACAGACAGCAGCACAACAGCCCAGUAACCGCAGAAACCCAAACCCCUCUGCUGGGUUCAUUGUUCUCGCCAAUGGUGUGAACAGUGGACAUGACAACACUGCCAGGCCCGAAGCCCAGGCCGUUAGCUCCAAAAAUGAAGGUUCAGCCAAACACAGAGACAAAAACACUCUUAAACACAGCCUCAAACAGAAGAAGAUGGGAAGAGAUGGCACGAUGAAGGAUAACGAAGCAAUAGAUGUUAACGAAAGAGAGUUGGAACAUAAGCGCUCACACUCUCACCACAAGAGUGAAAAGAUUGGCUUUGAUUCGGUUUCAAAAUCAGAGUCUCCGCCCCUGCAGCCCCAACACAAUCAGAACCCACAGACAGUCAGUUAUCUGCCCAACGACUGUGACAGCUGCAAAGCAGGGGAACACUGUGAGUGCAGCGAGGGGUCGGGGGCCGCUGCUGUGAACCUUGGGUUGCCCCGGACCCCGAGGACGGACGAGGCGGUGUGGGCCGCAGCGGCUCUGGGCUUCCUGCUGAUCCUCCUGACCCUGUCGGUGCUCCACACACGGCUGUACCGCCACUGGAGGACCACGCCCAGCCUCUACUGGCGCGACCCACAGCGGGACUACGACAGUGUGGCAGGUACAACACAAUGACCAAAAUACACAAAGACCUCCUCUUAAAAAUCCCAGUUUAAUCAUGUAAAAAAUGUGCAAC